GUGAGGAGUGCGAGCUCAUGCUCCGUUCUGAAGUGGAGACACGUCUCGGCGUUAGGUUUAGUGCCAUUGCUCUCACCAUGGCUAUCUCUAACAAACAGGUGUUUCACAUGAGGAAUUGACACCUUACUACAUCUUGUCUCCCAAAGCCGCCUUGCCCCCGACGGCGCACCUUUAGUCUGCUGUAGGGCUGAAUACCACUGGGUGCAGUAAAAUGCCUGCAGAAAACGGCGACAAGGACAGCGUUCUUUGCUAUCAGAGGCCAGAUGAGGAGGCAGUUGUGGAUCAAGGUGGCACAAGCUCAGUCCUGAACAUUCACUAUGAGAAAGAAGAGUUGGAGGGUCACAGGACUCUGUUUGUUGGGGUGAGGAUGCCGCUGGGCAGACAGUCUCACCGCCAUCACAGAGCUCACAGCUCCAAACAUCGCAAAAGAGAGAGGGGGAGAACAAGCCAUGCGGCAGAGGAGGAGGCCACAGAGAGCAUUACUACUGCCUCACAUGACACUCCAUCCCAAAGAGUGCAGUUCAUUUUGGGCACUGAGGAGGAUGAAGAGCACAUGGCCCAUGACCUCUUCACGGAGCUUGAUGAGAUUUGUGUUAAAGACGGCAAAGAUGCAGAGUGGAAGGAAACUGCCAGGUGGUUGAAGUUCGAGGAGGAUGUGGAAGACGGAGGAGAGAGGUGGAGUAAGCCCUACGUGGCCACACUGUCUCUGCACAGCCUGUUCGAGCUCCGCAGCUGCCUCAUCAGUGGAACCGUCCUGCUCGACAUGAGGGCCACCUGCAUUGAGGAGAUUGCAGACAUGGUGCUGGACCAUCAGGAAGCAGCUCAUGAGCUGGACGAGAGCGUGAGGGUGAAGGUUCGAGAGGCACUAUUGAAGAGGCAUCACCAUCAGAGUGAUAAGAAGCGGUCCAACCUGCUGCCCAUGGUCAAAUCCCUCACUGACUCAGGCAGAAAGCAAAGUGAACCACACUGCCUAGAAAAGAGUGGGCCAGCUACUUCUCCUCAGCCUCCUCCUCCAAACAUUGAGGUGAAAAACGGGGCAGGGCCGGAGAAUAGUCAAGUGGACCUCAGUAAGGUGGACACUCACUUCAUGAAGAAGAUCCCUACUGGUGCUGAGGCCUCCAACGUGCUGGUGGGAGAGCUCGACUUUCUUGAGAAACCCAUUGUGGCGUUUGUCCGCCUUUCUCCUGCUGUCCUGCUGACAGGACUCACUGAAGUACCCAUACCCACCAGGUUCAUGUUCAUUCUGCUUGGACCGGAUGGUAAAGCUCAGCAAUAUCAUGAGAUUGGCCGAUCCAUGGCAACCAUUAUGACGGAUGAGAUUUUUCAUGACGUAGCAUAUAAGGCAAAGGACAGGAAUGAUCUGCUGGCUGGCAUCGAUGAGUUUUUGGACCAGGUGACUGUUUUGCCUCCAGGGGAAUGGGACCCGUCUAUCCGCAUUGAGCCACCCAAGACUGUCCCAUCACAGGAGAAAAGGAAGAUGCCAGGAGUGCCCAACGGGACAGUAGUACCAGUGGAGGAGGAGACACAUGGGGAACAUCAUGGACCAGAGCUACAACGAACUGGGAGGCUGUUUGGGGGCUUGAUUCUGGACGUGAAGCGCAAAGCUCCAUUUUACGUGAGUGAUUUCAAGGACGGUCUAAGUUUGCAGUGCGUGGCAUCAUUCCUCUUCCUCUACUGUGCCUGCAUGUCUCCUGUAAUCACAUUUGGAGGACUUCUGGGUGAGGCCACACAGGGACACAUUAGUGCUAUUGAGUCCUUGUUAGGAGCUUCCAUGACUGGUAUGGCAUACUCUCUAUUUGCCGGGCAGCCUCUCACCAUUCUGGGCAGCACAGGACCUGUUCUGGUGUUUGAGAAAAUCCUGUUCAAGUUUUGCAAAGACUAUGACCUGUCCUACCUCUCUCUCCGCACCUGUAUCGGCCUAUGGACAGCCUUCCUGUGUUUGAUCCUGGUUGCCACGGAUGCCAGCUCUCUGGUUUGUUACAUCACCCGCUUCACGGAGGAGGCCUUCGCUUCCCUCAUCUGCCUCAUCUUCAUCUACGAGGCACUGGAGAAACUCGUGCAUCUGGGAGAACUCUACCCCAUCAACAAACACAACGACCUAGAUAAACUCACACUCACCUACUGUAAGUGUGCAAAGCCUGACAACCCCAGUAAUAAGACUCUGGAGCUGUGGGAUCAGAGGAACAUCACAGUUUCAGCAGUGCCCUGGAGCAACCUCACUGUAAAGGAGUGUUUAGAUCUCCACGGACAGUUUGUCGGGACGGCUUGUGGACUCCACGGCCCCUACACCCCUGAUGUUCUGUUCUGGUCGGCAAUCCUCUUCUUUGCCACCUUCUUCCUGUCAGGUUUUCUGAAGCAGUUGAAGACCAGCAGAUAUUUUCCAACUCGGGUGCGUUCUAUGAUCAGUGACUUCGCUGUCUUCCUCACCAUCGUUCUCAUGGUUCUGAUUGACUAUGCCAUCGGAAUUCCAUCACAGAAACUACAAGUGCCCAACAAAUUUAAGCCUACACGGGACGACCGUGGCUGGCUGAUGAACCCGAUCGGUCGCAACCCAUGGUGGACGGUGCUGGCAGCUCCUGUCCCGGCUCUGCUCUGCACUAUCCUCAUCUUCAUGGACCAGCAGAUCACUGCCGUCAUCAUCAACCGCAAAGAGCACAAAUUGCUGAAGGGCUGUGGGUACCACUUAGACCUACUGAUGGUGGGGGUGAUGCUGGCUGUGUGUUCUGUGAUGGGGUUGCCAUGGUUUGUCGCAGCGACCGUGUUGUCAAUCUCACACGUGAACAGCCUGAAGCUGGAAUCGGAGAGCUCUGCCCCCGGGGAGCAGCCUCGCUUCCUGGGAAUCAGAGAACAGAGGCUGACUGGUCUGGUCAUUUUUCUGCUCAUGGGCUGCUCAGUGUUCAUGACUGGUGCUUUACAGUUCAUCCCUAUGCCAGUGUUGUAUGGCGUUUUCCUCUAUAUGGGUGCCUCCUCUCUGAAAGGCAUUCAGUUCUUUGACCGUCUGAAGCUGUUUGGCAUGCCAGCAAAGCACCAGCCUGAUUUUAUAUACCUGCGUCAUGUUCCGCUGAGGAAGGUCCACCUGUUCACUCUCACCCAGCUCACCUGCCUCGCACUGUUGUGGCUCAUCAAGACUUCACCCGCUGCCAUAAUCUUCCCUAUGAUGGUGCUGGCAUUAGUGUUCAUCCGUAAGCUGCUGGAUUUCUGCUUUACCAAACGGGAACUCAGUUACCUCGAUGACCUCAUGCCUGAGAGCAAAAAGAAGAAGCUAGAUGAUGCAUCAAAAAAGGCAUCUGAGCAGGAGUCACAGGAGAUGCUAGUUGAUGUACCCAAGAAAGGAGGUGACAAGAACACGGAGGAGGGAAUCCCAAUGGAGAGUAGGAAACUACUGCAUUCACCAUCUACAACAACAGACCUUAGAACUGACCCAUCUGACAUUAACAUCUCUGAUGAAAUGUCUAAAACUACUGUGUGGAAAUCACUUAGUUCCAGCCAUAAGGACACAGAGAAUUCAGCCAGGAACAAAAAGGAUUCCCAAUGAAGUGGACUUAUCAGACCUGUGAGUUCUGUAACCGUUUGAUACCACUGUCAAACAGACUCUCUCUCUCAAACACAUGCAUAGACAGAAACAAUAUAUCAUCAGUUGUCUUAGCCAUGAGGUGUGAAUGUACAUUUUUGUGGGUUUAGUGUGUGUGUGUGUGUGUGUGUAUGUAUGUAUGUAUAUGUACAUGUGUGUAAAGGGAUAUACUUCUCUUGCCCAAAUCAGGUUAUUUUUAAUACAUGUUUCACUGGUCUGUUUUAAUUUAGCAAACAUGGCCUAUAAUGUCACUGUACUUUGUCAUAUAUGUAUGUUUAAUUUUAUGGUGGCAUAUUAAUGAUUUGUAGAAAAAUACAAUGAAUAGAGCUGUAAAAAUUAUAUUAGCUGCUAUUGAACAUGCAUACCAUAUACAUCUGUUGUGGUACAUUGUCAAAAAAACAAUAGUAACCUCAAUAUUAAGAGUUGUGUGUCUUAAUAUGUGCUGUAGCUGAGUGAAUGAUUGGAAUAAUCAUUUCAAAUCUGAAACUUAUAGUGUGUCUGAAGAUUCAAAAUGUCCAAAUGUUAAUAAUUAUUUAAUCUGUUUAUUAAUUAUUUACUGGGCGUUAACAGGGAGUUUAGAGUCAGCAUGUGUUCAGACUUGUCAAUCAUAGCCGAUUAGCAUUGCCAGUGUGUGUAAUAAGGACCAGUGCAGAACCUCUCCAUUCUGAGUGAACAUUUUGAGUCGGGACCAUGUUAAAAAGGAGCAAUAAAAGCCAAGGGAACAAUAAUGGAAAGGAUCCGCCAUGCACGGAGUAUUGGGUGAAUUGGGUAAUGGUCACCAUUUUAAACUUCACCCUCUUUUGCAAGAGCACCCCAUAACAAGCACUGUGUGAGUUAGUGCCAGACAGGUACAAUUCCAUGCAGAUAAGUCUUUACUGUUAAGUCUGUUUAAGCACUAAAUAAUGACACAUAAAGAGAAAGUCUCCUCAGGGCAUUACAACUGGGCCUUCAUUUAAAGCCACACACUGCAAUUUUAAAAGCCAUUUUUGUUAUAUGUGUACAGAACAUUUAAGAUAGUUUUCGUUAGGAUACUUUAAAGGUUAUAGCAACAUUCUUACCCCUUAAGGACCCAGUAUAUGGGAGAUUUUGAUUCUCUUGUUUACAAACAAGAAUAUUGUAAUUUGUGCUAGUAGAGCAUGAAAUGACAGUCUUUUCAGGUUACUCACAACUUCUUUUUACAUCUGCUAUGAGAAGGUAUAGCAUACAUUUAACUCUUUCCUUCAACUUGAUAGCAAAACGGGUGGCAGGGUCACUUGUUUUUUGUAAUCUCAGAAUGUACCUUUAAAGUACAUGCCCCUUUACAACUUCCCUCCGUCUCUAUCAUAGCCUCGUCCUCAUUCAUUUAUUUAUUUAUUUAUUUAUUUAUUGUACUAUAUUUUUUAAAAACUGGUGCCACUUAAGCCACUUUUACCAUUGCAAUUUUAACCACAUAAAACAAAUCUUUAUUUGUAGCUGCACUUUGUGUAUAAUCAAUACACAAUAUAGUCAAUAUGAUUUUCUAAAAAAUAUAUUUCUGAGUGUAUGAUUGUGUAUUUUCAUUUAUUUCGUAAAAUUUAUUUUUGUAUAUAUUGUAAUAGCGGCUCAUUGGAUGCAGUGAAGAAUGGAAAGGUUAGCAUGAAUGGAUAACAAAGAUAUUUUCCUUACAGUUAUAAAGAAUGCAUAAAAUGAUUACUGGCAUCAGAUUUCCCUAAAAAUGUCAACUGGGAAUAUCAGAACUGGAAUGUCAAUGCAUUUAAGGAAUGUUCAUAAGGAAUGUCUUAAAACUUCCUAAAAGGUUAUUAAUAUUGCAUCAGUGUUCCUCACAUCUAGGACGUAUAGAUGUACUUCAACCUGAUUCAGAUUUCCUGAAUCAUAUGUUAUUGCUGUGCUAUGAUCACUAUAAUAUUAAUUACCUUUGUUCAAUUAACUGUUGGUAUAUUAACUUCAAAAUACUGAUGGACAUUAUAGAUGUCUGUGUCUCGUUAAAUAAGGAGAUAUGUUAUUUUGGCCAAAGAAAUGAUUAUGUAACGUAGUGAUUUCACUAUGGUAAUAUAUGUAAAUAAGUGCUUAUUUGUUUUUCCAUGAAUGUGCAUUCUAUUACUGUUACUGGUUAUUGUUGAAAACCCAAUAUACCCCAAAUUUAAUAACCUGUUCAACAUGGCUGCAAUACUAUCCACAGUUAUUGAUUGUUCAUUAAAACAUAAAAAUCAGUUUAGUGUUAAUAACUAAAAUUCUAGCUUACCUAAUUUGAUAUUUGAAGAAUAUUUGAUAUUGGAAGCCUAAUAAAUGUGUCUGACCAAGCUGUGUGUUAAAAUAUCCCAGGCUUUUCUGUUUUCAAGUAGUUGGUCAAACCAUCAGCACCAGUGUGUGUUCUUCUGCUCACAGAGAAAAGAUGAUAUGAAGUGUACAGAGUCCAUUACUAUAAUAGAAACAGUAAUAGAAAAGGUAAGGAAAGUGAAUCAAAGGUAUAGCAAGAACAAUGUGUCUGUGCUGCUAUGGAAACAGGUGUAAUGACACUUGGAACAUGUUUGGUUGGAUAUACAGUCUGCAAUGAAUAAACACUUUUUUACUUACAAAUAAA